UUCCUUGAGGAUUUCUGUUGGACGGUUCAGUGUGACACGUAACUAAAGUGCAAAGUGCCAUGGAGGAUUAUUAUUUUUUUUAAGAAGAGUCACUGUUCGUGAAUUCUAGCACUUCGUAGAAGCUGUGGUUUGCAGUUUCGGGACGUCUGUUCUCUACCGCCACAGUAAGAAUCGAGCAAGAUUACAGUAGCAGGACGACCGACUCUUUGAACUGUGGAGUUGCUGUGCAGGCAAUGGGACGGCAGAAGUAAAAGGAGCGAACGAGCCACCGACCGGUCUAGGUGACAAAGUAAAUAAAAAGAAAACAAUCAAAAAAGUUUGAUCGGUAGAGAGGACAUAUUUUCUGCUACCCUUCUUUCCUCGUGGUGUUGCAAUGCAUUUUACUCAGCGCUGAUGAAACCGUAAAAGGUAAAGGAGAGAUCUGGGCAAAACUUUUUAUAAGUUCAGCAUCGGUGUAGCCUGGAGGCAGGAGGUCACUGGACAAAGAUGGGGAACGGAAUGUGUUCUAGAAGACAAAAACGGAUUUUCCAGUUUCUUCUUCUUCUGACUGUUACUUUUGGACUGAUUUACGGAGCGAUGGUAUCUUACGAAAUGCACAAGCAGCUGAAAAGAUCGGAAUCCCUGGCUUAUAAAUACCAACAGCACCAGGAGUCACUGUCCGCGCAGCUCCAAGUUGUUUAUGAACAUAGAUCAAGACUAGAAAAGUCAUUGCAGAAAGAAAGACUUGAACAUAAAAAAGCAAAAGAAGAUUUCCUAGUUUACAAGUUGGAAGCCCAGCAAAGUUUAAAUAAAGAAAAGCAAGAUUCUACUAACAGAUUUAACUCCUUGAAUAUGCAACACCAGAUGUUAAAGAACCAACAUGAGGAAUUAAAAAAGCAAUACUACAAUCUGCAGGAAGAUCAUCAGCAGCUUGGUGAAGAUCAUAGCAAAAAAUUACGGGAACACAACUCUAAAUACGAUCAGUUACAGCAAUUGAAAGAAACGGAGAUAUCUAAAUUGAAAGAAAACGUCUACAAUCUACAUGAAGAGAAUAAACAGUUACGAAAAGCUCACAUUGAUGUGCACACUCAACUCCAAGAUAUGAAGCAACAGCAUAAGGAUUUAAAAACUCGACAUGAUCAACUUGCUGUGAAUUUAGAAGACCACAAGAGUGCACUGGCUGCUGCACAGAUACAGCUGGGUGAAUUCAAACAACUUAAAGACACACUGAAUAAAAUUCCAAGUUUUAGAAAUCCAGAGCACGGUGAUCAUUUGGACACUAAUGGAGCUAAGGAAAAAAUCAUAACUGAUGAACAUCGAAUAAUUGCCGAAGGAAGACAUCACACUGAAACUACUCAGGUUCUUGUGGACCAUCAAAAACAUUCCCAGUUACUGAACAGGGCUGAACAAGCAAAUGACUACCAGAAGCAUAUGGAGGAACCAGAAGUCCAUGAUAACCUACAUCAGAAUGAGCAAAAAUCUCCCAAAGAGAACAUGAAAGACCAGAUCAGAGGACAAGAAGCUCCAAAAGUAGGGGAAGAGCAACGUCAGGAGCUGGCAGAUGAAGAAAUGGAGCAAGCUGGGCAGGCAGAACAUCUGGAAGAAGAAGCUGAGCAGCACCAAGAGGGAGAGGAGGAUAAUGAGCUGGAGGCACAAGAGCACAAGCCACACCUGAAAGAAAUGCAUGGGCCUAUCCCUAAAACAGAAUCUCCACAUGAUGAUAACAAUGAAAAUGAAGAAAAAGAGUCAGUGAAGGAGCAGCUCAAUGGUCAAAUACAUUUGAAAUCUGCUUAUGAGGAACAGCUAGAGCAGCAGCGCCUGGCAGCAGAGAGAGCAGAAGAGGCCCGGAGACUUAGGGAGCACCAAGAAAACGUCCAUCGACAGAGGCUCAGAGAGCAUGCCGAAAGACAACAACAGUUAAAAGAAAGAGAGGAGCAGCUUCAGAUGGAGGCAGAACACAAGGAGCGUAUCUUCAGGCAACAGCAGCAAAUCAGGCAGCAGUCUCCUUAUGAACACAUUGAUACAGACAUCGUUCAUGGAGAAGAAGGUGAAGAUAACCAAGAGGAUAAAGAUGGAAACAUUCACCAUGAAGAAGCAGAGGAACAUAAAAGAAAUGAAGAUGACCCAAAUCCUCAAAAUAUUCAGAGACCAGAAUUAGAAGAUGUGAACCCAGCUGAUGAUCCCAACAAUCAAGGUGAAGAUGAGUUUGAAGAGGCUGAGCAAGAAAGAGAAGAAAAUGUCCCAAAUGAUAACCUUGAGCAUAAAGCUGAGACUCACGAUGAGGCCAAAGCCGAAGCAAAAAGCAAGCAUGGAAUGGCUGGAAAUCCUGACCAACAAGAAGACAAUUUAGAAGAGCAGUACCAGGAAGAAGGAGAAGAGUUACAAGAAGAUUUAGCAGAAGAUCAAAAAAGGCAGCCAGAAGAAAAUGAAGACCCAUACAAUGAAGAUAAUGGAGAACAAGGAAAUAUGAAAGACCACAAUGCUGCUAAAAAGGCAAAAUAUUCUCCAUCAAAGAAUAACCAGAAGCAUGAAUCUGAAAUAAAUGAAGAAGAGAAUUAUGAAGAAGAGGAGGAAGAAGCUGGAGGUCGGGAAGCACGUCGGAGGGCUGAAAUGUGACGAGCACCUUCAUAAUAGAGACUUAACUGCUAAACCUGCAAACUUUUUUUUUUUUCUCAAAAAUUUUUUUGGUAUAUUAAUUAACAGAGUCUUUAAUAUGGAACUUUGUAUACUAUUUUAUUUUUGACAAUCAGAACACUUUAAAAGCAAUUUUGCUUUGAAUUUUUACAUUUUGUACUAGUUUUACUUUUAAUAUAGGUCCAGCCCCAUCCCCUUACAACCCACACCAGAAUAAAAACAACAGAACAUCUCUAAAUGCUAAAAAGGCUAUUGAAACUUUGAAAUACUUGAAGGAUCAUUGGCAAGUAUGAACUUCUUUUUUCUUUUUUUUUUUAAAUCUGAAAUCCCUCUACCUCUUACUGUUGUAUAAAUGUGAGAAUAGUGUAGUGAGACAAGUGAAAAGAUGCAAAGCUGGCUAAUUACUACUGAGCUCUCUUUAUGUGUUGAGUUGAACUGCAUACUUCAGACAGAUCAGAUAGCCAAGCUAGGAAUUAAUGUGGUGGUGUGUAUAUUUAUGUGUGCACACACACAUUUUAAUUUUCCUCUUUAUAGGAAUACUGUGUUUCCUGCACUUAUUUGGUUUAUCUAGUUGAACUGGAUACAAGUAUGAUGUACAAUGUUCAGAUUCACAAUGCAUUUUUAAUCAUGGGUAAAUGCAUAUUUUUAUUUCCUAAAAUGUACACUUCAUAAAUGAUAUACUUGAUUCAAAUGUUACGUUAAAAAGCUUAAUAAUGAGGAGAAAAAAAGUAUAUAUAAUUUCCCACAUGGUUAAUUCAUAGUGUUGAUAACAAGACAUUCUUUAUAUAAAUUAGCACAUUGUCAAUCCUUUAUUCCAAAGACUAGGUUGUGUGAUAUUCUGUGUUGUUUUCUAGCUAUAAAAUACAUGAGUAACAAUGCUGGGAUUUAAAAGAAAUUAAUAGUAUAGCAAUGAUUGUGCUUUUUACUUAAUAAAAAUCCAGAAUUAGAUCAUGUAACAUACAAUAUGUCAUAGUGCAGAUGCUAGGUAUUAAUUUGUACAGUGCAACAUUCUGCAGAGCAACCAUCAAGUAUUCCUUUCAAGUCUGACUAACCAUGCACCAAAACAUUUUAAUAAACCAUAUUGGACUUUGAAGGACCCUUAGAGAACCCAGCAUCUUCAGCCAUUAUCAUCCCUUAACCCAGUCUUCUCAGUGCUGUUGUAUGACUAUAUUAAGUCAGCAGAGUUAUUCAAAUUAGCAAAAUGGAAAUUAUUUAGCUAGAUCAAUGGAAUUGCAAGCCUGCACCAAAAUGGUGUUCAUAGUCCUAAAUUCUUCUUAUCUAGAACAACUUAUAUUUUCCACACCCCAAAAGAGAACAGAAUGAAUUUUGCAUCAGAUUUAACACUAACUUUUUCAGUGAGCACUAUUACAAGUGCAAUGUAGAAGCAGUUAAAAUCAAAAUUCAAUAAGGAAAAAUCAAAUCAUUCCAUUAAUGUCCAGAUAAAGAGAAAAAAAAAAUUACAAAUUACAAUCCACUCAACACUAAAUGAUAAAUAGGAAAAAUGCUAUUGAGUGGAGAUAAAG